CUGGCGAAUGUCUCGUGUCAGUCGAGCCGUGUGUCGCGUCGCGGUAGUGUUGUGUCGUGGUUGUGUGUCUCGCGGUUCUCGUCAAAUACUGAUGACGCUUUGCUUACCAUGAUUAUGAAUGAUGUGAAUUCAGUGAAAUCAAGUUUAACAUAUCAUCCCCAAAAUGUUCUUAAAGAAGUGAAAAAAAGCAACGCGCGAUAAAAUUUUGCAGUCCGAUUUUAUCGUUUUGUUUCAACCGCGUGCUUUCCACCGUGUCGGUCUUUUCUCUUUCGGGGGAGUUUUCAAGGUUACGCUUUCAAUACCGGCACGAACGAUCCGGAGACCGUUGCUUUUGCCUACAGUUUCGUCCUCUCUUUGUCACACGCGUGUCGUAGACGAUUUAAAAACUUCGGCUGCCAAUUACCAUUCCAGGUAUAAUUCGCUCCAAAUUUUCAUUCGGAUUUGUAUUCAUUUUUUACUUUGUACUGUGUUUUUUAUUUACUGUACCGUCAAUUUAUCGUCGUUUGUCGUUAUUUAUCGAAUUGAUCGAAAAUAAUGAAAUUUUGCCUACAAACUCAAGAAUAUUUCUCUAUGAAAAUCAACAAAAGUUUAUGAUAGAAAGUGAUGGAUUCGAAAUUAUUCGUUUCGUAUAAGAAGAAUCUUUUAAAUUAUAAAGAGUACGUGUAAAGAGCAUACAAGCACGUGUGUUAGAAUUAUAAUAGUGUCAAAAAGAAAAAAAAAGUGAACAGUUUGUGAUUACAAUCAUUACAAACUAUUUAUUUGACGUCUUCCGUGUGAUAAGUGAAUGCGCGGCAAAAUCAAAACGUGCAAAGUUAUUCCCAUCCAUUGAAGAAAAGGGAUUCAAUUCAAAUUUAAUUGUGAGACAAAUGUAGUGACGGAAUGUUCAUAGAUAAAAUAUUCCUUAUUACGUGUAUGGAUACGUAGUAUGUGAGUAGAUUGUCGCGGGCAAUAACAAUAAUUUUGUAACUGUAAUUUAAAGUGGUUCGAGACGUGAGACACGUGCUCUAAAUUCGAUUGUGUUUAAAAGGAUCGAUCGGUUGAUUUCUCUUCCACCCUCCCUAUCCAUAACCGAGUGCUUCGUAAAAUAGAUCGAGGCGAGGGUACUGAGUACAAUUACCCGUGUUUUUCUUUCAACUGUUAACCGUGCACCAGAAACCAAGCGGUUUAAAAGCGUUCGAAAAGGAGAUUGUAUCAUCUCAUCGAACCAGUUCAAUCGUCCGCAUCUCGUAAUGAGCCAAGGCAUCGCACGUUGAAGAUCGAACCAGUGUGUCCCCCCCUGCGUCGUUCAUCGGUAUUCUCCGAGGAGCCGUUAAUCGGGGUGCCGCCCAUUACAAGAAAAACCAAUCGGGUUCGCAAUCGGUUUGCCCGGAUUCAAUAUAGCGAAUAUCAUACGUGACUUCGCUCUUUUGCGAGGAUGUCGUCGAUCCGCAUUCUUUCGAAGAUGUCGCGGCGCGUAGUUUCAACAAGACAGAGCGCAUAAGGGGUGGUCGAGACAAGGACAGACCGAGACCAGAUCGGAGGGAAAGUGAAGGAGAGACACGUGUAUACGAGAGAAGAGAGCGGCGGGGGCGUUAUAAAGCCCUCGCACUCCUCGCGACCGAGCAAAAAUGACGAUGGCUAGUAAUAUCGUGGUCGAGUGGCUACGCUCGCUUCAUUUGGGCCAAUAUUCGGAGUCAUUCAUCGACAACGGCUAUGACGACCUUGAGAUAUGCAAACAAAUCGGCGAUCCCGAUCUCGAUGCGAUCGGUGUGUUCAAUCAGACCCAUCGAGCACGGUUGUUGCAAUCGGUGAAGACCCUCAGGGAGGAGGGUGCAGCGAGCGUUUACUUCACCCUGGAAGAGAGUAAUGAUUGCCUGUGCGACAAUGUUAGCUCGAAAUCGUCGAGAACAUCUUCUGAGAGACCGCUCAGUGAUAAAGAGGCGCAACGGGCCUCGCCAACGGCCAGUUCCUCGAGCGGUGGUCAGGAAUUAACCAAGUUCGCGGACGAGUACGAGGAGGGAAAGGCAGAACUCGUCAGAAUCCCAAGGAUGCAGCUACGGAUGCUGCUGCAGGAGAAGCUAAGGCACGACGGCAUCAGGUUGGCUUGUCAACCUUACACAACACCGGGACGAAAUACCAUGGAGGGGAGUAUUGUACAACCUGUCGAAGAAUUUUCUCGCCGUUUGACGCGAUCCCUCGCGUUACGUGAAGGAAUCACCGGAGGCGAGGUAAGGGAAGGUGAGAGGGGAUACUUAGAGGGGCUGGCUUCAAGGUAUGCAGACCUCUUCAGAACGCAUUACGGAGACGUCCUGGAACCGCUUGAGGAGCUACGCCGCCGUGAAACAAAUGCUUCUCCCAGAAUGCCCAACACUCAACUCACUACCAGUCAUUCACAGCCCAUUUACGUGCCCGGGAAAUACUCGCCCUCGAGCUGUCUCAGCGAUAAGGAAGAGGACGAAAUCUAUGGCUUUGGAUACGGUGUAUUCAGCAGGCAAAUGCUUCAACAACGACAACAGAAACUUGCUCUUGCCGCGCAAAAUACAACUGCAGUGACACCUGGUGGACAUCAACAACCUUAUCAAAGUUGUCUGAGCCCGAGGUCUGCGUUGUUCUACGAAUUCCCGCCUAACGAACAAGGACAAACCACAAGUAAGAAGAAAACAACAUUUUCGCGAUUGCUUCGAGGACUAAAGACGCACAGGAAGGAGAAGCAAGCGCAAACUCAAGGUUCCCCGAGGCAUGGCCGUAUAAGAAUGGGAGUACCACAAAGAGUAGAUACACCAGACAGCGUAUUGCAAAGUGGAUUAGGCAUGGGACCAGAUAUGGGGCACACUAUUUUACGUUCUAUGGUUGAUCCAAGAGAUUACGAUCGAUUAAGAUACUUACAAAUGAAUGGAGGUCAGCCAAACAGCUUCGAAGAGACCAUACAUAGGCUGAAAGUUCAAGAGGCACUGAGAAAGAAGGAACGAUUUCAUAAAGAACACGAAGAGAUACUGAGGGAUAUCCGGCAGGGUUUAAUGCAGCUUGGUCGGGACGGACGGGGUCAGCUCCCUGGAGAUGACACUUACAUGUACGAUGAAGAUGCACGUUGUGGAGGAGGAUUGGGCUUGGGUCCUGGAGGUCAACAUUGGUAUGACGAACCACCAUAUGAGUCAGAUCCCGAAGAUUUCCUUAUGGGGGCAAGUGGCGGGCCAGUGCCAACUGCAACUAUACAAAAUGGAAGAGUAUGUUUCACGCUAAAUUUGAAGCCCGAGAACAGAAGUGAGGGAAUUAUUUCGCUUCGAACUGCCGGAGACAUCAGCCUCCCACGAGAUCGCUCUAGGAAAGGAGCAACAUCGACAAUGCGAGGGCUUAUUGUGCCACAAGGUCACAAUAAUCCACCGGCCAUCAUACCACUUACACAUUCGAGAGCUUCUCGAGAAAGUGGAGACUACGCGAGCAGCGAUGUCCAGAGCCGGAGUAGCGGCGAGGAAGGACUAUCGCCAAGCCAAAGCAGCGACUACGAGGAUCAAGAAGAACUUGAGAAUCAACAUCCGGCCGCCGUACACACAUCAGAAGCUAGCGCUCUGCUCGAGGGGGACGCCAGGGCGGGGAUCGCGGGACGUGCGAGAAAUUUGAGGCACGACGUGCAACGGAAGAUUUCAAGGCUGCGCCAGGAUCGCGCCUCAUCAGAGGCCUUCCCGUGCAGCGCGAGCAGCGUCGAGAGCCUUCCAAGCGGAAGUGGUUCGAGCACGCAGGCACUUGUGCGUGCAGGAAGCAAUCACAGUUCGAUAUCCUGCGAAGACAGGGACGCCAUCAGCCCAACGUCUAUUGGACCUGUGCUGUGCAGAGCCAGGGCACUGGUCGAUUAUACGCCCAGCCCUUAUGACAAGGAAGCAUUAAAGUUUAAGAAGGGAGACAUCAUCGACGUGGUACAAAUGAACAAGAGCGGGCUGUGGAAGGGUGUUUUGCACAACAGGAUAGGCCACUUCAAGUUCAUAAACGUCGAGAUACUAAACGACAGGGUUCCAAGGCGGGGCGAGCCCGAAGGGCGGGGGAAGUGGGGCCAGAGGUAUAGGCAGAAGCCCGGUUCCGUUCAAGAGCUCUUGCAGAGAAUGAAUCUUCAGGAACAUAUUCCUGUUUUUGUAUUUAACGGAUACGAGGAUCUGGAACUCUUCAGGGAAAUUGAAGCCGCGGAUCUUGAUUACUUGCGUAUACAUCAGCCAGAACAUCGUGCUAAGAUACUUACAGCUGUGCAACUAUUAAAUGAUCUUCAAUCCGGAAGCGAGGGCGAUUUAGCUUCAAGCUCGGAGGGUGACGAGGUAAGUCGACUGGUCUUAACCUCUGGCCAGACAUCCGGCCAUUGUUCACCGUUUAAUCGUCGCCAGUUCCCGCGGGACUCUGGCUGUUACGACGCUCACAAGAAUCCCACUAGCCGGCGAACCGUAAGCCCGGAAUCGACAACGACUACCAAGCUGCCCAGAGAGAACAAUCUCGAUUCCGCGGCGCCUACGAAGAGCGUAAGCGGCGUCAGCACAGAAGGGAGCACGGUGACCGACAGCAAGGACGACUUCCACCCCAACAUACCCAUCACGGCCAACGUGGCCGGGCAGAAGGAGAGCCAGUUCGAUAAAUCGCCGUUGCUUCGUAGCGGAAACGUUCGGUUUAUCGCGAAAAGAGGGAAUUUCGGCGAGACGGUGGUGAUCGAGGACGCAUGCGAGGGUGGGCAAAAACUGGGAGGCAUGGUGAAGUACGUGGUCGGGAGCAGUGACCUUGGCCUCGAGAACAGCGGAAAUAUGACAGGUCUUGGACAAAGGGGUUGCCUGAGCGAGAAAUCGAGCGACUCGGGCGUCAGCUCGUCGAGCAUCAGCUCUGCACCGCCACCUAGGGACAAAGUUCUUGCCAACGUUGCCUCCGACUCGCCCACCAAGAACUUUGGCAAUUUCACCAGAGCGUCCCCCACCUCUCAGCCAGCCACCAAUAAGAGCCAGAGUGGGGAGGCCAGUUACCAGUAAAGGAUACUGAUAGAGGAGGACAGGAGACCGAUCCCGAUUCAUCUUGCCUUUACAUUGUAUUUUCAUAAGUUUCAUUGUAAAUUAUUGUACACUUACUACGCGAUAAUGUAAACGCGGAUUUUUAAAAGAUUGUUAACAAGAUCGUGCAAUUUCAAUGGAGUUCUUCUGCUGUAUCCGUAAGUAUUUACACAAUUUGUUCGAGGAGGGAUUUUAACCUUUUCGAUAGCUUGAUUCGAUCAAGAAAGGUAUGCAUGUAGUAUAUGAAUGUACAUUGAGAAAAUAGGUUUUCAUACCAGUGAACGAUGAUCGAAAUUUCGAAAAGAUACGUACACAAACGCGAUAGAGAAGAUUGCUACAUGUUUCACGCUCGUUUGUAUAACUAUUUUGUAAUAUACUUUCAUUGUCUAUUUUGAGAACUAACAAACAAAACGUACUACCUAUAAUGAAUCUUCGGAGAAGGGUCAACUUGUUGAAACUUAUUGAGACGACUUAUUGAAUAUGACUGAAAUGAUUUAUAAAAUGUUAUGCAGUGAUAUAUCUAGUAUUCCUGUAAUUCAGUUUAUCGAAUGAACUUGAAACCGGAACGUAGAGAAUGGCUGUAAACCGAGAAACGAGCUUAAAUGGAAAAUGCACGUACAGAUAUGGAAUCCUUUCGUAGGAUUCACACGUUGAAGAACCAAUCAAUGAAUAGCGGUUACUCGGUGUUUAAUAUUUUAUUUCCCCGUUAAAGGCAAUAUUUAUAUAAUUUCUUCUCUUGUUUUGUCUUUUUUUUUUUUUUUUAACCCAUCCUUGAAUCGAAAGGAAUAACGCUUCGCUAACUUUUAUUGCCUCGUCGAUUCUUUGUCCUCGUUAUUUCAUAAUCAAAACUUCGCGGCUGCUCGUUAUUUUUUUUUAACGAGAAUUCCAGCUUUAUCUCGAUAUUGGAUCAAAGCUUUCCACGUGAUUAUUUUUCACUCCGAGUUUUUUAUGACUCUCGGUAAAUGAGACGAUGAGAAGGAAAGAGGAGACGAGCCAGAUAUAAAAAUUUAUACGGCCUCGACGAGAGGAACGAGUAACAACGUUUGUAUCGUGCACGAAUGGAAUAAAAUUUUUGGCAGUACGAUGAAAUAUCGAGAGGAGCCGUGUCACUGCCAAUCAUUUCAUGAUCUCGUCUAUCGUUUUCGACGCUCGUAAUAAAUGAACUAAUGAUAAUAUUGUGAUAAGAUUGCAUUUACGUCUAAAUAAUUUUUGUAAAUAGAUUAAAGAUUCGCAAUAGAGGAUUCAUCUUUGCAAUUUGUAUACAAUAAGCUACAGAGAACAGAGACUAAUGAGAUGUUUAACGAGGAAUAAUGAGAAGAGACAUGUUGAUCUGUCAAUUCAACAGUUGGACUUCAAUCAGCUGUUUCAGCUGCCUAUACGAGAAAUGGAAACUUUUUUUAGAUUAAAGACUGCCAACAGAUUAAAACUUUUUGAACACGUGAUAAAAUGUUCGUUUGCUAUUAUUUUUGAGACUAGAUUACUUUAAUGAAAAAUGCAUAUGAUUUGACGAUUAAACAGUCGACACAGAAAUAUGAAAGAUAAGGAUUAUUAUGUAAUAAGAAA